CAUGUCUAGCAACCACACAGGCUGAAUUAUCAUGGAUGGAUUUUCCAUGCACUAUCGAAUGUGAUACAGCGCGCAACAUUUGCCGGCUCUGAACUUAUUAGAUGAACAUUUUUGGUAGUUAAUAACAAAACAAAUUAACAGCGUAUGUUUCAUUAUGAUAAGCCUGGAAAAUUCGGUUUUCGUUGAUACUCUCUUAGAUCUAAAAAUGCUUCUUAGCGCAUCUUCUUGAGAACUGUAAACAUUAUAAAGACAUUUAAUUUACAAAAAUGUGAUAUUUAGAAAAAUAGUUUUUUAAUGUCAAGACUGUCUUCUUCAGAAAUGGGAGCUUUCCCGUAACAUUAAAGUGUUUUGAAAAUAUGACAGUGCUUUUAAAGUUGUAUUUAGCUAAAUUAAGGACGAGUUUAAUGAUUUACGAACUAUUAUAUGUUUUUGUUACGUUAAUUUCGUGACGAGGAAAAAAUAACUCUAUGUCUGGGAAUGGAGUACCCGUAAAUCGUGUGCCAAUGCAUGGGUAGCGGCUGCAGCAGGGCCACCAAAACUUCAACUACUGUUGGCCCAGCGGCCCCCCAUAAAGAUCCUAUCAACCCUUUACCUCCCACAUCUCCGGACAUGGUAGCCGGCAAGGACCGUAGGGUUUCGAUCCGGGACCCUCUGGUCGGCCACCAACGUAUGGGAGGAGAGAAGUCACCACCCAUACCCAACAUUCCAGGCCAGAUGCCCCCCAGAGCCACCAGGCGGGAUGUGGACAGAGUGAAAGGCAGUAGGCCUCCCAGUCCAAUGGGAUAUGAUCAGAGAUGGGGCACUGACAGGGAGGACGAUGUGGAAGAAGAAGCUUUUCACAUCAGUGACAUUUCAGACGACAGCGAAGACGUUGCUGAUGAUGAGAAUGUUUUGCGGUCUCUAGCUCUGUUGAGGGUGGGCCAACUAUUUAUGGAUGGAAACUUCCCGCCAUUGGAAUCCUCUCUCUAUUACAGCCAUCGAUUGGUGGAAGGAAAAGUCACUUGGAUGAGACCCCAUGAAAUGCUUCCAGAGCCCAAACUACUAAUCGAUACAAUCAGUCGUCAUGAUAUCGUGCAGGGUGUGCUCGCUGAUUGCUGGUUUCUGUCUUCAUGCGCAGCUGUUGCCCAAAGGCCGGACCUCAUGAGACGGGUAAUCGCACCAUACCAGCCAUUAUACGGUAUGGGUUACCGAGGUAUAGUGAGAUUCCGUUUAUGGCGUUUCGGUAAAUGGGUGAAUGUGUACGUAGAUGAUCUUCUGCCGACAAGGGAUGGAGAGCUGCUCUUCUCUCGAUGCUCGGACAGGAGAGAAUUUUGGGUGGCCCUGCUCGAAAAAGCCUAUGCGAAAUUGCACGGAUCGUACGAAGCUUUAGAAGGGGGUCAAGCAAUGGAUGCUUUAGUAGACUUGACCAGUGGCCUUUCAGAGAGAUACGAUUUAGAAUCUGCUCCACUGAACUUGUAUCAGUUCCUGCUGCAAGCUUCCUCUGGAGGUGCCUUCAUAACAUGCUCCAGAAAGGGAGAUUGGCAAAUGGCCAAUACCGCCGAUUCCAAUGGUUUGGUUUCUGGACACGCCUACACUGUUACUGCUGUAGCCAAGGUUCCGAUGAAGGAGGGGAACAAAGUAAAUCUGGUUCGAAUUCGGAACCCGUGGGGAAAUGAUGUUGAGUGGAAUGGAUCUUGGAAUGAUAAUGAUUCUCGUUGGAGUGAGGUAGAUUUGCAAACGAAGCACGAGUUGGAGUGGAGCCGAAGAGAUGACGGGGAAUUCUGGAUGGAAUACAAAGAUUUCUGUAGAGAGUUUGAAGAAGUGACCAUCUGCACGCUGGGUCCAGAUUUUGAUGGCGAUGGAGUAGCGGAGGAAGCUGGAAUGGUCAAAGCUAUCCGCGGGAGAUGGGAAGUUCCAAAAACGAGUGGAGGGUCAAGGAAUAAUUUAGAAUUUUUUGCUCGAAACCCUCAGUAUUUGUUGUCCGUCUCUGAACAUGAAAAUCGUCACAAAGGCCGUAAAGGUUCCAUGUCGAAUAAUUGUGCUGCCGUCAUAGCUCUUAUGCAAGUGCGCAAAAAAUGCAUGAAGCAUCCAGGAAGAAAGAUGAUGCAGAUUGGAUUUGUGGUGUAUAGGGUAGAGGAUCCGAAGAGACGCCUAACAGUUGAAGAUUUUGUGACCAACGAAGAGGAGGGCAACUCAGGUCCUUACAUCAACUACCGUGAAGUAUUCGCGAGGUUCGAACUCUCGCCCGGACACUAUGUCAUCAUACCGGCUACUUUUGAGCCUCAUAGACAAGGUUCAUUCAUGAUUAGAGUCUACACUGACUGUCCUUUCGACCUCAGAGAAUUAAGGUGAUGACAGUUAUGAGCAAAUGGAUCAAAGCAAAACAAAGCGAACUAAAAGUACAAACUACUGAAUACUGAGAAAUGUACAGAAUGAUAUAUUCGUCCCAGUAUUUUGUACUACGCUCAAUCAACAGACAUUUUUUUAAUAUAACGCAGCAAGACAAAAGCGUACUUCUAUCUUCGAUGCAAGAUAUUUCUGUGUAUUGAUGAGAGGACAAGAUAACAAUAUGAUGUCUCGGAAAUUUGCGUUACGUUAAUUUCAAUCUUUUUGUAUUUCUUCUGUGAAAUUUAAAAUGUAUUUCUGAAAAAGAGCCCGAUAAAUUCACAAAUCUUGUAUAUAUUAUUGUAAAGAAACACUUCUUCGAUUAUUAUGUGAUUUAUAAUCUUCCAAACUCCUCUUAAUAAACUAUUACAAAAUCUA